AUGGCAGCUGUUGCUGUACCCCCUUCAUCUCAGGUCAACGUCGCCAUGUCGAACCGUCGCGUGCCUCUCGCCAACCUGCAGAAUGCUACCAAUUCACCAUUACGCGCACCCGCCAUCGGAGAAAAGCGCCAACGCUCCCACGCGAGCGAGCAGCGUGAUGCCGGCUAUGGCCAACCGCCUCUCAAGAAGCAGCUUAUCGAGGUCGACGACGCUGAAGCUCGACGUCAUGGCCUGGUUCGCCGGAGUGGGGCCCAGCCAACUGCCCUGACUAGAAAACUCGAGGCUGCCCGGGAGAAUAAGGUUCCCGCAAGGCAGGCCGCACAGCGAGCGGCGAACGACUUGGAAACGAUUAGGCAAUGGCAGCGUCACUACCGCAAGCUGUUCCCCCAGUUUGUCUUUUACUUCGACACGGUUCCCGUCCCCCAGAAAGAGAAGCUCAUGAGCCGGGCCCAGAUUCUUGGUUCACGCGAGGUCUCUUUCUUCUCACGCGAAGCUACUCAUGUCAUCACCACGCGUCCCAUUCCCGCCGACCUCGACUCGAGCUCAUCGCACGCCAAGGGCACCGUCAACCCCACCCAACUUUUGAGCACAAAGGCCAUCUUCGAUCAGGCCCUUCCCAAGCCCGCCCGGGCAGAUGUUCUGACCAAGGCCAAGGGCUUGCACAUGAAAAUAUGGUCGGUGGAGAAGUUGCAGCGCAUGAUCGAUACCAUGUUCAACAAGGAAACUGGUGAAGAUGCUACGAGCCACACGUCGCGCCAUGGCACUGCUGCCCUACAGCAAAAGGGCCGCCCGGCCGACUUGCAGAGAUUGUUGCAGAAUGAGAAGAUGGACCGAGACCAUGUCAUGUCGUCGCAGGAUAUGAUACCACUUCGCGGGUACUAUGUCUACGUGCACGACAUGGACGAAGUCACCCGACCCGUCAUGAUUCGAGAGUAUGCCAAGGUUGAAAAGGAAAAGGGCAAAUGGCCGCAAUUCCGGGCCUCGGGCAAUGGCAAGUGCCCUUUUGUCGAGGAUCCCCACUUUGGUCGUCGCCAGCACGAAGAGGAAGCUCGUCGCGCGGCCAAGGCCAUUGCACCAGCUCCAGCCCCUCGAACAAGGGCUGCAUCCGCUUUGGAGGAGAAGGCUGCUUUGAUGGAGAACACGAACCUGGCUCGCCGACCCAGCGCCCCUGUUGCCGUCACCCGCGUGGACGAGGACGAAGACUCGAAGCCCUUGGACCCUCCCAAGGCCAUUCCUACCAAGCGGACAAGUACUGCGGACGGUGCCCCUCCCCUGUUUGGCAGUGCCCAGGCUAGUAUCCGGGCAAUGCCCCGAUUUAUUGCUGGAGAGCCAGUCGCGUCUGGGCUUCAUCAGUCAAACGUCACGUCCGCCAUCCGGUCGCAGAUGAUUUCUUCUACCGCUGCCGCCCCUCGUGCCGGAAAUAGCAAGGAGGUCAAUCAGCUGAAGCGCAAGGUGCUGGAAAAGAAUAGUGUUCCCUCCACCACCACCAACAGCGCUCUCUCGUCUGCCAUGAACGAUGCCAGAGCCGUGCUCAACCAGGAGCAUGUGCAGCCCAUGCGAGCAGCCAAACGGAAAGCUCAAGAGUCUCUUGGCUACAUUCAUGAGGAUGCGGGUGAGGAAAGACAGGCUCGCAAGGUAGCUGCUCUUCGCAGACGCAAGACUGUCGAGAAGGAACUCAAGCCUGGCUAUUGUGAGAACUGUCGCGAGAAGUUCAAUGACUUUGACGAGCACAUUGAAUCGCGCAAGCAUCGCAAGUUUGCACUGACGAAUGAGAACUGGCUUGAGCUUGAUCAGUUGCUUGCCCAGCUUGAUCGUCAAUGA